UGGGCAAGGCUGGGCAGGGCUGGGCAGGGCUGGGUGCACCGGGGCUGAGAGGGGAGUGCCUGAGGGGCCAGACACACCGCACCCGUAGCACCAUGCCGCGGGGCGUCCUACGGGUUCUCUUUGCUUUGUUGCUCCUGUCCCUGCUUCCUCUACUCCAAGCGGCAGGAGACCUCUCAACCAUGGAUAGCAUGUCUAUGGGCAGCUGCAUCAAUGCCAAAAAACUGUGCCUGGCUGACUCCACUUGCAGUGGCCCCUUUCUCGACUUGGAAAGCUGCUUUCCUUUCACGGCCUCAGCUCCUCCAAAGCCUGAAAACCAGGAGGGCUGCCUGGAGGCAGCACAACAGCUUCAGAAUAACUCUCUGGGUAGCUGCAGAUGCCAGUGGCGCAUGAAGAAUCAGGUCACCUGCCUGGCUAUCUACUGGACCAUCCAUUCUACUUAUGGUCUUGGUGACUAUGACCUGGGCGGCUCACCAUAUAAGGAAAUUGUGAUCAGCAGACCCUUGAAAUUUAAUCAUCUGGACUUGUUUGAGUCAGGCUCCGUGUCCCAAAGCAGCCCUGAUCUCUGCCUGAAGUCCACCACUCUGUGCACCCUGAAUGACAGAUGUAACAAGUUGCGCCUGGCCUAUGGGGAGGUCUGCUCAGUGGCUCGAUGUCAGCCCCUAAAGUGUCAGCAGGAGCUCCGUGUCUUCUUUGAGCAGGUAGCAGAGCACUAUGCCCAAGCACUUCUAUUCUGCCCUUGUGAUGAUGGAGAUGAUGUCUGUGGGGCACGAAGGCGUAACACCAUUGCCCCCAGCUGUGCCUCUCCAACCAGAGAUCCCCCCAACUGCCUGAUGCUUUGGGAGACUUGCCUUCAAGACGUGCUCUGCAGAUCUCGCUUGGCUGAUUUUCAGAUGCACUGUCACACAGACCCUCUGGGGACCUGUAUGGGGAAGCAGCCCCGUCGAUGCCUGAAGGCAUAUAUGGGGUUGAUUGGUACAGUUAUGACUCCCAAUUAUAUCAGCAACCUCAGUGCUGAUGUUGCUGUGAGCUGUUCCUGCCGGGGGAGUGGUAACCAACUAGAAGAAUGCAAGCGUAUACAGGAAUCCUUCUCCAGCAAUCCCUGCCUCACCAAGGCUAUUAAAGCUCAGAUGCAAUUUCACCGCCAACUGCUUUCCAAAAGUUCCUCCACGGCCGUCUCUCAGGACAGCUUUUCCUCCUAUUCUGUGGAUACAGACCAGGUUAACAAUCCGGCAAGAAGACUUCGACCCUGGGUCCCCACCAUCUCCUUGGGUUCCCUCACCUUGGUUCUGCUCCUGCACCCUGUCCUUGGCCACUUGUAAUAGUACUUUGUUUGUGGUCCCUCUUCCCCCUGGCAUAUCACCUCCCAGCCAGAACUGUUUCAAGAGUGCAGUGGGGAGAAGCUGGAGGGGCCAAAAAAGAGACUGUGCCUUGCCUGCCCCAAACUUUCGUGAUCAGUAAUCACUAGAAGAGGCCUGAAAGGAACAAUCUGUCAGAUAACAGGGGGAAGAGGCUAUUGGAUCGACAAAGGUGACUGUUCUCAGGCUGCCCUCUAAGGCUGUCCUUUCCACAGCAGAGAGGGGGUUCUAUGAUCAUUCCUUCAAGGCACAUCCUUACAGAGGUCCUGGGCUCCAGAUGAGGCAAUACCCAUAGGGACGGGAGGGAAGAGAAGAGGGAAUAUUGAGCUUGACAGGAUGGUCUUGAUUGACUGGGGCUCCCUUGAGCUGUCUCUUCCACCCUUGGUCAUCUGUGGGUAGGGGCCAGGGGCUGGAUGAUGGUAUUUCCCUGAUGGCCUGGCAGUGAGAAUUAGCCCAUGACUGACUGACUAAGCCACAUUCUCUCCCUGUUUUUCUCUCCUUUUCUCUAGUCGAUGGCCCUUUCCCCCAGUGGCUAUUCUCCCUACCCCUCUCCGAACUUAGAAUAUUUUUUCAUUCAUUCAUGAAACAAACAUUUAUUAAAUGUGCCCCAUUAGUCCUGCCCUCAAAAAGUUUGCAGCCCAAGAUAAUAAUUUGCCAAUUUUGUGUCUCUCCCCAGGCAGAGUGGGAAAAUCCCUCCCCAGUAGAAAAAAAUCAAAAUAAGAUUCCCACAUCUUGUCUAACUCUUGGUACCUGAUCUGAAUGAGAGAAGAAGAGACAGCCUGGGCUGUCCUGUAGUAGGCACCCAGAUCCUUAGAGAGGAUUUAGGUUCCUAAGAGGGUCCCCCUAUGCCCUGCUCUGAUAUUAUUCCACCCUAAUCCCCUCCCC